AUGUCCCCACCCACUAUACCCUGCUGCCAGAGGUGGGAAUCUAGUGGUUCGAUCGCUAGUACCCUCCAUAUUAUGUUAUGCUGUCAAAAUCGUCAGUUCUUCCACCUACCCUUCAACGUCGGACUCAACCACAUCCUUACCCCUUCAGCUCUCCUUCAUGGAUUGGGCAGGUUCAUCGCCGACUCCCUUCAGAUGCGCUUGUACUUACAGUCUACUGGCCCUAUCAUAGUGGCGUCGAGCGAGCCAGGCCACCUUGCGAAUGGCUCUUUCCCAUCUGCUGACCUGCUGCAGGACCACGCACCCACAUUAUCAUUAAACGCCGAUCUUGCUGUCUCUUCUAUAGAGAUCGACGCGGAACAGGGCUUGCAAUACGAGGAUGUGCUUCCGCAAGCCCCCCCAAGCCUUCCCUCCGGCUAUACUGCUGUAGCACCAGAGCUUGACCAACCAGCCAGUUCAGCAGACGCAUCUACCAGUGCUUGCUCAUCUUUGCAGGCCCCCCCUUUUCGUACUGCUAGAAGUGUAUUUGGGUUGAUACGCCAGUUCUUUUCAUCAACCCCCCCUUCUCACGACCCAGAGGAAGCAGUAACACUCCAAGAUAUAAGUCACGUCCCGGCUAUAGCCCCAACUGAGCUAGAUGCCCUCGCAGAGCCUGACAAUGUUUCGUUUUUCCCCUACCCCAAUCGAUCAUCCUUCGAGCUGGGUCAUUGGUACUGGCAUGGAGGCACGCAGAAGUCCCAGCAGAAUUUUAAUCCUGAUGAUGUCCGGAGUACACCAUGGGGCAGAAUAGACUCACAGCUAGGUGCAAGUGUUUACGAUGGCGAGGGGGAGGAAUGGGAGGAUGAGGAUGCCGGUUGGCACAAAACACAAGUCAACAUCAAAAUACCUUUCUCUCGGACUGUAGCUCAGCCAGGCCCUCAACCUUACAUCGCAGCUGAACUUUACCAUCGGUCGCUCACCUCCGUCAUUCGAGAAAAGCUUGCAAAUGCUCAGGAUGAUGAGCAUUUUCAUUAUGAACCUUACCAAUUGCGAUGGAACGCUCCCCAUCUUCCCCGCGAGGUCAACAUUCAAGGCGAGCUUUACACCUCACCAGCCUUUAUGGAUGCCCACCAGUGA